AUGGAGAAUAAUGGAGAGCCAAGAGGUAUAUCAUUGGGUCAAGAAGUCAUCCAUAGCGGAGUUGAGAUCAUCGUGGGAGCUAGAGAUUUUAAAGCCCAUACAAGGAGAACCUUGGGCAGAGCUAGUGGUCUGCGGGGUGGCGCGAGAAAGCUGCUGAGUGGCACGGCUGGCCCAGGAGGGAGAAAGCGCGAAAGGGAGAUGAAGGCUGGGCAGGCAAGACUACUGCUAGACGGCGCCCACAAGAGGGAAAGAGCACGAGAAGGAGAUAAGAGCAGGGCAGGCAACUACGGGCUUGUGAUGGUCAACGCCUCAAGGGUGACCCAAUUGCCAAAAGGCGCCUUAGAGAGCUGGGAGGCAUCUUCCACGAGCUGGGAAAUGCAAGUAGCGCGUUGGACGCCAGGUGAAGGUGGAGCCCGUUUCAAUGGCGCUGGUGACUUUUUAGGCGCUUGGGGCGAUGGCUCCGACGGUGAGAAGAGAGAGGAGGAGUUGGGCGAUGCCUUAGUGCACGAUACCAGCCAAUUACUAGGCGGCGCCCGCAGGAGGGAGAGAGCGCGAGAGGGAGAUGAAGGUUGGGCAGGCGAGACUAGCGGGCUACUGGGCAGUGCCAGCCAGAUAUUGGACGGUGCCCGCAAGAGGGAGAGAGCACAAGAGGGAGAAGAGAUUAGGGUAGACAACUACAGGCUUGCUAUGGUCGACACCUCAGGGGCGACCCAACUACCAGGAGGCGACAGUAGAGCCCGUUUCUGUGGCGCUGGUGGCUUCUUAGGCGUCCUAGGCGACCAUGAUGACUUGGAUCCACUAGGUGAAGCUUGUGGAGGUUUAGGCACAUUAGGCAACUCCAGGAAGCAUAUGGGUAAGUCCAAUGGCACUUUUGGUGCUUGGGUAGUGCAAGGAAGCGGCUAA